AGACAAGAGAAAUAGACAAGCCUCCCUAAAUCAAUCCUGACCGAAUCCAUCGGAAACCACCCCCGGUAAGCAAUGGGAGCGGGCGGAUUCUCCACUCUGAUCCAGAUGGCGGGCAGAAGGAGAUAUACGCCGUAGCGAUUAUCACGGCGUCCCUUUGAACCGAAUUAUCAAAUCAAGGUCGCAGCAAGCCAUAUUCAACCUCCUUUUCCUGGUUGAGCUCUCGUCUAUCCUCCACGCGGUCGCAAAUCCGGAGAGAGUUGGGAUUUUGCCUCUUCCCUUCAUCCCCUCUCCAAUCUUUUUGACCCCUCCCUCCACAUCAUGUCUGCUCAACAUCAUUCCGUCCCCCGCCUCUUGGAGAAGGCCAUCACCAACCCCGGAGCCGUUAAGAUCAACGUGGAGGGUGCCUUUAUCGUGGAUGAAGACCCCCGAUCGAAGAGUCCGGUCCGAACGGAGGGGGUACACUAUGAGGGCAGCGACAUUCGUCUGCCUCAUCAUACCGGUUUGGUGAGCCAUGUCGCAGUCGAUAUUGGCGGUUCCCUCGCGAAGCUGGUUUACUUUACGCGGGAAAUCGACUCGAGUGACGUUGGCGGCCGAUUGAACUUUAUGCUGUUCGAAACCCACCGCAUCGACCUUUGCAUCGAAGUGCUCAAACAAUUGAAGGAGGAGUAUGUGAGGCUUCACGGACCGUCUCCGACGGAGCUGUGCGUUGUUGCGACCGGCGGAGGCGCCUUCAAGUACUACGACAAAUUGAAGGAUGCGCUGCAGGUUAACAUCAUCCGGGAAGAAGAGAUGCAGUGUCUCAUUACCGGCCUCGACUUCUUCGUCACCGAAAUCCCCAACGAGGUCUUCACCUACAGCGAAACCGAGCCGAUGCAGUUUGCCGAGGCCCGACCGGACGUCUACCCAUACAUGUUGGUCAACAUCGGGUCCGGGGUCUCCAUGAUCAAGGUGUCCGGCCCGCGGCAGUUUGAGCGCGUCGGCGGGACCCACCUCGGGGGCGGCACAUUCUGGGGGAUCCUGUCGCUGCUGACGGGGGCGCGGACCUUUGACGAGAUGCUGGCCAUGGCGGACAGCGGGGAUAACAGCGGGGUGGACAUGCUGGUGGGAGACAUCUACGGCAUGGACUAUAGCAAGAUCGGGUUGAAAAGCACGGCGAUCGCGAGCACGUUCGGCAAGGUGUUUCGCAUGAAGAACGAUGCCGAGGAGGCGGCUCCCAAUGGAGAGGAGCAGCAUGAAAAUGUCACCUUCAAGAAUGAGGACAUGAGCCGGAGCCUACUAUACGCCAUUAGCAACAAUAUCGGACAGAUCGCCUAUCUCCAAUCUGAAAAACACCAGGUCAAGCACAUCUAUUUCGGCGGGUCGUUCAUCCGCGGACAUCGCCAGACCAUGAACACCCUCUCCUACGCCAUCCGGUUCUGGUCCAAGGGGGAGAAGCAGGCAUACUUCCUCCGCCACGAGGGCUACAUCGGAGCGGUCGGAGCGUUUCUACGCCGACAGCCGGCAAAUUGGGGGCGACGGACCAGUCUGGACGACACCACUGCGCCGCCGGACAAGGAGACGUUCGACGGUCAUCUUAAGGACCACGCCCUUUGAUUUUUC